CAUGGGUAGCCUACGACGUGUUUUUCUUCUCAGUCCAUCUUGCAGUGUCUCGCUAUACAGAUCGUCCUCGUUUACGCAUUUGAAAAUGGGACUAAAAUAAAUUCCUUUUUGAAAUUGAAAUGUCUUUUUACCAGUUUGCAACUCCGAUUCACGUCUUGGACUGACUUAUAUACAGAGAAAAUGGGGUGCUGUUCUGGUCGCUGUAUGCUGAUCUUCCUCUGUACUCUCCAGUUGAUAACUGCUCUGGAGAGGCAGGUGUUUGACUUCCUUGGGUACCAGUGGUUGCCCAUCAUGAUCAACUUCCUGCAGAUAAUCAUGGUUAUCUUAGGUCUCUUUGGUACUAUCCAAUACAGACCCCGCUAUGUUGUCCUGUACCUGCUCUGGACAUUGUUGUGGGUGGCUUGGAAUGUCUUUGUCAGCUGUCUGUACUUGGACCUGGGAGGGCUUUCAAAGGACAGUGAUAUUCUGUCUCUUGGGGUGUCCCCACAUCGCUCUUGGUGGAAAGGAAACGGGCCAAGUUGUGAGCGCAGAGACCUCCCUGCCACAGGGUGGCAGAGUCUGGAAAACCCAGAGCUCGUCACUGCUCUAGGUUGUUGGCUAGAAUACCAAUACAUAGAGGUCCUCCACUGCAUUGUACAGCUUCUCAUAUCUCUCCUGGGAUUUGUCUACGCUUGCUAUGUAGUCAGUACUUUCACAGAAGAAGAAGACAGCUUUAAUUUCAUUGGUGAAUUUGACCAUCCUUCAAAACCAUCUCAGUUGAUCUUUUAGUUUAUAGACUACUACAAAUAAAGAUGGUGAUUGCAAGGAACCAGCCAGGAGGGCAAAGAAGGAAGAAGCAGAUGAAAUACUGGUGCUUGGGAUCUAAUCUGAACUAAAAAAUGUAAACAACGUCCUCUAUAUCAGCACUCUUACCACAUGUUACCACAGCCGGACUGCACUAUACUGUGUUGUACAUCAUUGAGUUGCACUCCUGAAAAAAACUGUUCUUCUCUCAUAACUUACUUCCCACAUAACUUAUAUUGUAGGUACAGACACAGAAGCACUGUAAUAGAUUUGUGCAGAGAUCAUAGACUGAAAUCUGUGCUUUUAUCAAGCAUCUGUGUGUGUGUGUGUGGUGUGUGUGUACUCACAUGUAAAGGAGUAGUCAACUGUGGGCCUGACCUAUAACUGCAACAUUUUCUUGAAUUGAAAAUAGCAAACAGACAACAACAAAAAAAAGAUUCUUCUUACCUUGUGAAAUUUUCCUUCUCAUUAUUAUCUUGUGACAUUUGUAAAUGUGUGCUGUAGUUUUUUUUUUGUGAUUUGAGUUUGAGUAGUGAGUUUAAAUCAAACUAAUUAAGCUUUCCUGUCACCUUGUGUUGGUGAUUUUAGUCCUCAAGAGGGUCUAUUUAAAAAAAAAAUACUGCUUAGCUAAAAACAACAUAACUCGUGAACAAAUCAUAUAGUUCUGAAGAACAUAUCAAUGCACUGAGCUGUCAUGAAACGUUGGCAAGCUAAUUGCAGCACAUCUAUUAAUAAAAAGCAUCGUAGGAAUUGCCAGGGUAUGAGAAAUAGAAAAUGCAUUAGACCACAAAA